AUGCGUCGAUCCGAAACCUUGAAGAUUGAUAUAUCAAGGUACAAGGGAACCGAUGAAGAUUCUUGGACCUUAGGGCUCAAGCUUCACGACCCAAACGUGUUUGAGUCGUCGGAUAUCGUGAAGUCUCGACUUAAAGAGACGUUUGAGCCGCCGAGAGCCGAGUUCAGAGCACGCUCUGCACUCUUGAGGCUAAAGCGAGGUAAGCGUGACAUGCACGCUUACGCACAGCACCUACGCUACCUUGCGAGUAGCGUUGCUGAGAACCCUGUUGAUGAGCACACACUCAUCAACGUGUUCAUCUACGGCCUUGUGAAUAGGCCGGUGAAGACCUACAUGUUACGAGAGGACUUCCAUACGCUGUAA